UCUUUGUGCUGACCAUGAUGGGGAAGCCUGGGUUUCAUGAAUCUGAGAGAUCUGAGAGAUCUUGGUGGGUCUAUAAACCUAAUAAAAUCGCUGACCUGCACCACAGGUUUCGUCUGAGGGGAGAGCGCUGGCACAGACGACUAUCGGUCAGAGAUACAGGGAAAGUAAUGACCCUGGGGGACGGGACGGCAGUGGAGGAAUAUGACAGUAAUGGAGAAUUUGUUCGCAGUUUUGGAGAAGAAAUAUUGAGGUAUGCGGUGGAUAUCACUGUUGCUAACGAUGGCCGUGUUUUAGUAUUGGACAAUGAUGAUCCCUCCCGCAGCGAUACUCUCAAAGCAGAUUUGGUUGUUCACAUAUUCAGUGAACACGGCGACUAUCUGAACAAGUUCAAACUGAAAAGAAGUUUCUUUAAGUACACGAGCAUCACAUUUCAACCAGCAGGUGAACAUGUCGUCGUCGCUGGUAUAGACUUAAACAGAAACCUCCUGGAGGUUAAAAUAUUGAGCAAAGAUGGUGAGUUUGUUCGUAGUGUACAAAUCCAAAAUUGUGACGAGUUCUUUGAAGUAAGAGGGAUUGCAAUGAACAAUGAUGGACGCAUUGCUGCUGUUAUAACAAAUUUAAAAAAUGGUAAAGUAGUCGUUUUAUAAACUGCUGUUUCUUGUUCCAAAUUGUUCGCUAAUUUUUUUUGGCUUGGGAAUUCG